GUCAAAGGCUGCAUCUUGAUUUACCUCAGAGUCACUUCCAAGCACAAUGUGUGGCGCUUGCCCAAAUGAAAUGAUGCCACUUGCCGUCUUCAUGGGUGGCUUGCUCUUUUUUUAAGCAUUGAAAACAAGAUUCCAGGUCCCCAUCCUAUGUCACUACCAACUCCACUGCAUUUUGUACUAAGCUUGCAUGAUGUUUACCUUUGAUGACCUACAUUGGCAAUUUAACACGUUCAGCAUUGCCAUUGCCAUUGCCAUUGGCAAUUACCCUUAAAGGCCUAUACUGGCAUUUAUAGAUUAUCCUACUGGCAUUUAUAGAUUAUCCUAUGCUAGCUACCCAAUGGACUAGAGCAUUACCCAUUGUUCAAAAAACACCAAAACCAUUGGACUCUUGCAAAGGGUUAUAACGGUGUCCGAUGAUUUGAUGGAUUUUCAUGCAGCCCAGUAUUGCAUUGGGGCUUAGUAGUCGGUGGCACAUAGACAUAGGCAUUGUUGUUGGCGGAGGCUUAUCAGAAUAGGUGGGCAUUGAAGAUGACAAUGGCAGCAAACAUAGGAAUGAUGGACAGCGCCUAUUUUGUAGGCAGGAAUGAGAUUCUGACAUGGAUUAACUCUACUCUGCAACUCAAUCUCAGUAAAGUGGAGGAGGCAGCUUCUGGAGCAGUUCACUGCCAAAUGAUGGAUAUGAUACAUCCUGGAGUGGUUCCCAUACACAAGGUAAAUUUCGAAGCAAAGACAGAAUAUGACAUGAUCCAGAAUUACAAAUUACUGCAAGAAAUAUUUUCCAAGUUAAAAAUAGAGAAGCAUAUAGAGGUUAACAAACUUGUUAAAGGUCGUCCAUUGGACAAUCUGGAGCUUCUCCAAUGGUUGAAGCGGUACUGUGACUGUGUAACAGGUGGAAUCAUGAAUAGCCAUUAUAAUCCUGUGGAGAGAAGAGGCAAGGGAGGAAAGGAAGUACACAGAAAGGGAAAUUCUUCAAUUCAAUCAUCAUCCCAAAACAAGGGCAAUGGAGGAAUCUCAAAGUCGGCUGUGGCCAGCUCAUCUUCAGGCAUUCGACGUGAUAUUUCUGGGACUGGUGCAAGUGGAAUCAAACAAGCGAAGCAUGUAUCAGUGCCUCCUGGGUAUGUUUCUACUGAACACAUUCAAGCAUUGAGUGAACAGGUAGCAGAGUUGAAGCUAUCUGUGAAAAGUCUUGAGAAGGAAAGGGACUUCUACUUUUCAAAGCUUCGUGAUAUAGAAAUCCUUAUUCGAAAUGAAGAGGUGGAACAGCUUCUGGUGGCAGAGGCCAUCCAGAAAAUUUUAUAUGCGGUGGAUGAUGAUUCUUCUGUAAUUGCUGAUGCUCAAGCUAUUCUUAGCAAAUCCUCAGCGCCUGUGGAUGGGACACAGAACUUCAAUGAAGAGGCUUCCAUGGGGAAGAUGGCGAAGGAUAAUCAUACACCUGUAGACAAAUCUGAAUCAGACUCUUGUGGACAGACAUUUUCUCCGCGACAGCAUAGGAAGUCAUUUAAAUUUUCAAGUGUUGGUGGAGAGCAGGUGCAACCUGUUUCACCUGUAAGUGUGCAGUGAUGAUUAAUUCCAGAAAAACAUAAAAAUAUUCUCUUGAACUCUACUGAUAACUGCAUAUAAUUGUGUUUAGUCUUGUUUGUGCUAACAUUUUUCCUGACAAAAGAACACUAAGAAACUGCGUGGAAAUCCAAGGAGCUCAAUGGAUAACAGCCUGAGCUUUGUAUCUAAUCCAAGUAAAUUUCUUUUUGUUUUCCCUUCUGGACAGUCAAAGGGGUUUCUCUAAGUCUAUGUAUAUGCUCCCUAUAUUACAAAGAAUAAUCGUCAGCUGCUCUGAGCUUUGCAAAAGCAUUGUUAUAACAGAGAACUAUUCAGAUU